AUGGGUCGGACGGUGGGAGUGGUGGUGGCGGUAGCAGGGCUGGUAGCAGCUCUGCUUGCCACGUGGCUCACCAGGUGGAUGCUCGCGGUGGUUCCGAAUGAUGAAUUGCACGCCAGCCAGCACUUGCAGACUCUCCCUCAGCUGGUAAACAUCUCUGCGCAACCACCCGAGCCUUUGGUGCACGAAGCCAAGCCUUUGUUGAGCCUUCCUGGUCCCACAGGCAGUACCCCCCAACCGGGUGCCAAGACACUCUUAUCGUACCUUCAACAUGCUUGCCACUGGGUCAUGGCUCUUCGGCCUUUCAAGGAGCAGUUAUCUCUCCUUCAGCUGCUUCUUUACGCGCGCAUGGCCUAUCAUGUUCUGAUGGUUUCCACUUUCUGCAUAGCCGGCGCGACUGUCUGUUCUCUAGUGGGCGUGCACGUCUUUCGUUCAAUUCGAAACAAGGCUUUCACACUUGAGCCCUUCAUCAUGAGGCAGACAGUAAAGGAGGUUGAAGCAGGGGGGGCAGGCAACGUGGAUGCGGUUAUAGGGCGAGGGCUGAAUGACGAGGGUGAGUUGAAGGAUGAGUUGAAGGGUGAGUUGAAGGGUGAGUUGAAGGAUGAGUUGAAGGGUGAGUUGAAGGAUGAGUUGACGAAUCUAUCGGCUGGCAUCUGUGCUGGUGUGGAGAAAGAGAGGAUGGCGGGAGCAGUGGAGCGGGAGUUGGGUGAGAUGAAGGGCCGUUUGCUGAAGGUGGAAGCUGAAAGGGAAGCUGCAAUGAAAGUCGCUGCAGAGCAGGCUACUGCGGAAAAGUUGGGAGAGGUGGAGCGUGAGUUGGGUGAGCUGAAGAAGCGUUUUCGUAAGGUGGAGGGUGAACAGACAGCUGUGGCGAAAGUGGCUGCAGAAAAGGCAGAUUUGGAGAAGUUGAAUGGCUUGGUGGGAGCAAUGCAGCGUGGGUUGGGUGAGGUCAAGGACCGUAUGAUCAAGGUAGAGGGUGAAAACGCAGAUGCAGAGAAGGUGAAUGACUUGGAGAAAGUGACGCGCGAGGGUUUUGCAGCAGUGAAAGGGGAAGUUGCAGCAGUGAAGGGGGAAGUUGCAGCAGUGAAGGGGGAAGUUGCAGCAGUGAAGGGGGAAGUUGCAGCAGUGAAGGGGGAAGUUGCAGCAGUGAAAGAGAAAGUAGCAGCAGUGGAAGGGGAGUUGGCUGAUCAGAAGGCCCGUCUGUUAGAGUCAGAGGCAGCAAGGGAUGGGGGCUUUGCUUGGAAGGAAGAAGUUACCUCAGUGAAAGGGGAAGUGGCAGCCGUGAAGGGAGAAGUGGCAGCAGUAAAUGAGAAAGUAGCAGAAGUGGAAGGGGAGUUGGCUGAUCAGAAGGUUCGUCUGUUGGAGGAGAAGAAGAAGGUUGUGGAAAGGGGGGCGCAUGAAAGGGUGAAACGCGACGCGAAGCAGGGCCCUGAUGAAGCGGCAAUGCGCAAGAUAUUGCAGCAGCCUGGUGCGCUCACCAAGGAGCAAGUGGAGGAGUGCAGGCCAUCGUGA